AUGAAGAAAAGCCCGAAAGCCCGAAAGUCCGAUGCACCUUAUAUGAAAUGCGUCUCCAGAUCCGGCCCACAUGUCAAAUUCUCGGACAGCAUCAACAACAUGGACGGCAUCAACCUCAUGAAUGCAUUCAAAGCUGUAUGCGGCAUCUUCGGUGUAGCCGCUGUCUUCACCGGACUCCAAGCCAUCACUAAUCCGACCGGCUUCGCAAGCUCCUUCGGCAUCCCUCUGUCUCACCCUUCACCAAAAUCGCCCAAGCCCUCGACAGCACAGCCAGGACCCGCCUAUCCAGAGUCCGAUCCUGCUUCAUCGUACAUAGCACUCCUCGGCGCGCGCCAACUCGGAACGGGGAUCACGCUGCUGGUGCUGGCUUAUCAGGGCAAGUGGAUCGAGUGCGCAACGAUUCUGAGUAUCAUUGGGGUGGUUGUGGCGGGCAUGGACGGGUGGUAUCUAGCGCGGAGUGGGAAUCUGGGAGCCGGGGUUUUUCAUGCGGGGCCUGGGUUGGGGAUCGCCGCGCUGGCUGGGGCGGUGGUGUGGGCUGGAUGA